AUGUUUCAGUGCAUGAUCCCGUGUGCCAAGCCAACCGCUGUUGAUGGGGAUGAAGAUGUCCGUGGGAAUGGAACGCCGAACACAAAAGAAGCCGUCAAGGGUCUGACUUCGCAGAUUAAGGAUCUGGCGCUGAAGCUUUCAGGGAAGAAAAUCAAAGGUGGCACCUCCGAGAGCAUCAAGUAUGACACCGUUUCUGAAGGGGGGGUUCCACACGGCUACAUUGGUGGUGGAAGCGCAAGUUCAACCCCUGCUUUGGACUACACAAACCCCAAUCAAUCCCCAAUUGGUAACACCACCCCUGGAGGGCGUCAACCUCAACCACCAGCUGGUAGUGUAGCGUUGGUGGACAUGACUGGAUCCAACGAGUGGAUAGCACAGAUGGAGCCAGGUGUUCACAUCACCGUUGUGUCUCUUCCUACUGGGGGCAAUGAUCUCAAAAGGAUUCGCUUCUGCCGAGACAUGUUUGAUAAGUCGCGAGCCCAGAGGUGGUGGGCUGAGAAUUACGACAGGAUCAGGGAGCUUCAUAAUAUCCAGACUUUAAAUCAACAUGUUUCCAACACUCCUGCAAGGUCUGAUGAUGAUGAGAACUCGGGGGAAUCUGAACAAGAUAUCCCAAUGGCUUCAAUGCUGAACACGGAUUCGACUCCGGGGAAUUUCCAUGCACCCGCUGGGAAUAUGGGGUAUUUCCAUGGUGGGAUAUCAAGGGCUAACAACCCUACUGACAAUGACGUGGAUGCUGAAUGGGUUGAGCAGGACGAUCCUGGAGUGUUAAUCACUGUGAAGAGGUCAGCUAAUGGGACCAGGCAAAUUCGCCGUAUCAAAUUCAGCCGGGAAAUUUUUGAUGCAGAUGCAGCCAAGGAUUGGUGGCUGCGCAACAGGUUGGUACUGUUUCGUAAGUUUAAGUUUGUGGUGUCUCUGUUUACUCCAAUUACUGUGGGGUAUAUUGCUGUUGAUUUAUCUUUGGUUGAACAAUUGCGCAAGCUUGUGAAAACCCUAUCUGUUGAUGCUUAUGUAUAUGUGGAGUGCUGA